CAACGUAAUCGUACUACUGUCGCUCAUUUUUACCACGUGUAUUUUUGAGAAACUCUCAUUUUGGGCAUAUUUAUAGAAAUAACGGCAUGGGUCGAUCAAAGGGGAAAAGAUUGAGGCCUGCUGCCCCUGUGUAUGAUUCUGAUGACGAACGAACCUACAAGGAUGAAAAAAUCCCUGAUAAAGAAGAUGACAGCUAUUUCUAUGAUGAUGUGGAUGAGUUCCAUGCAACCAGAGACAAAAUUCUACUGGAUAAGGGAGCAAGUUUGCCACAGCACCAUGAAUCAUCUUCUGAGGAAGAAAUUAUGGCUAUUGAAUCUGAGGACUCAGAUGAUGACGAUGAGGACUUGACCGAAUAUGAACGCCAGCUAUCUAAGUUCCGCAUACAAAAAAUGGAUGACGAAAUGGGAAGUGACUUGGAAGGAAAGGGAGGAAAUGAUGAUCUUCCAGAUGAUAGAGCUUGGGGGAAGGUGAAGCAUAAGUUUUAUGGAGCUGAUGUGGAUGAGGAUGAUGCAGAUUUCAGUGGUUCUGAGCCUGGUGAUGCUGAACUUGAGGAAGAAGAAGUCCGAGCUAUUCAGAAACGCAUGGCAGAGCAGCUGGACGAUCAGGACUUCGGAUUAGAUAUCUUAAGGCCUGUUGAUGUGACAUCAAAAUCAGAUGAAAUUAAAGAAAAGGAGAAGAUCAAAAAAGAUUUGUCAAAACUAUCCAAGAAAGAGAAACUGCAGCUGCUCAAGAAGGAAUCCCCAGAGUUGCUGGACCUGAUAGCUGACUACAAGUUAAGGAUGAUAGAGCUGAAAGACCGGCUCCUUCCUGUGCAAGAGUUGGUAAAGAAUGGCAUCCUACCGAAAGGAAAAGCUGCAGAAUACGUGGAGACCAAGUUCAGACUUAUCCUCAGCUACUGUGUCAACAUCAGCUUCUACUUGAUGCUGAAGGCCAAACAGACACCCGUCCAUAACCACCCAGUCAUCGGUCGGCUGGUUCAGUAUAGGAAUCUCCUCAAACAACUUGAGCCUAUCGAUAACCAGCUCAGUGAGGAGAUGGAUCUCAUCCUUGAGAAGCUCCAGAGUGGGGAAGUGAUAACUAUGGAGACACAGAAGGUAGACAAGAAAAAGAAGAGGGACAAGAAGAAAUUGACCAAGAAGGAGAAGAGGAAGUUGUCAGAGUUGUUGGCUGAUGAAGAGGGGUUGAGUGGUGAUGAUAAAAAGGCAAAGAAGAAGGCCAAGAAAUUGGAAGGAAAGUUUGAGACAAGAGAUGAGAGGGAGGCGUUGGAGUAUUACGAGAUGAUGAAGUUGGGGCGUAAGGUGGAGGAAGAGAUGUUGGAGGAAGGCCAGCCAGGCGAAAAUGAUGGGGAUCGACCGGCUGGCAAUGAAGGGGAAGAAGGCUACGGCGAUGGAGAAAAUGAAGAGAUGGGUAAACGUGCUAUUGGUUACCAGAUCGAGAAGAAUAAGGGUCUGACUCCCCACAGGAAGAAAGAGCUCAGGAACCCGAGGGUUAAACACAGGAUGAAAUACAGAAAGGCCAAGAUCAGGAGGAAGGGACAGAUACGUGAGGUGCGUACUGAGAUGUCACGGUAUGGUGGAGAGUUGUCUGGUAUACGUGCUGGAAUCAAAAGAAGUGUUCGACUCAAAUAGGAGGGAAAGGUACAAACUUACGCAGGGUUAUACAACGUUUGGACUUUGUUAUCGCUAUUUCAUAAUGUUGCUGGCUGUUGGAAUACAAGUAUCCUGUAACUGCUGCAGGGCAUAGUGUACCAAUUUGAAACUGAACCGUGAGAAAUAGAGAGGUUGGGAUGUGUCCUGUCUCCCAGUCCCACUCUGAGUUAAACUGGGAUAUUUUGGUGUAUUGACGACUGUUCAACCUCAAUGCAGGGGACUUCCUAAUACUGUGGAGCAGUUUGUAACUUGUCUCAUAUAGAAACACAAACUUGUGGUUUAACUGGCAAU